AUGGCAGUACGUGUGCCUCUGCACAUCGUGGCCUGCUGUGUUUGCGGGCAACUGCCCAUUUCACUUGACACCACCUCCGAGCGACCUCUGAAUGCCUCUAGCUUUUUUUGGGAAAUUUGUUUACCGCUUCCUGGAAGAUCCCACCUUGGCGAUUAUUGGCCCGUAUUUCCGUUUCAAAACCAGUUCUCUGGAGGUCUCGAUUUGGAUCCAUCUAUAUCUCGGCAUAUCGGAGGUGACAUGAACAUAGCCGUGCCGUCUUGGGGUAUGCUAGACAUCUAUGGAAGAUUCUUCAACAGAAUCCAUGAUACAACCACGAAAUUCGGUUACGUCAACUACCCGGUGAAUAUGUUGGACUUGGAAAAAGAGGAUUUUGUCAAGCUAAUGAGCGAUCCUUCGCUACAAUACAACAGAAAUGCGCAGCCUCGUUUACCACUGGGAAAACUAGCAAGAACUUAUGUCCCUAUUAAUUGCAAACCACCGAUGUGUAACCCAUACCACGCCAACUUCGGCUUCGGGGUGAUAGAAGGUGCAGUGUUUCUUCUACCAAUCUAUUGUUUUGCUCCUUUUGCUGCAGUCGCAGCGACAACUGAGUGGGAUAGCGCUGUACCGAACGGAAACUCAACCUCCCUUGUUUACACCGACGAGUUCUCAUAUAGUAUCACAAUGUUUAUAGUUGUACUACAAACACCUUACUAUAUGUAA